UCUUCGGGGGUCUGCUUUGCAUGGGGAGAGGGGCCACGCAGCGGCGGACUAGGUUUGGGGAUUCUCGGUAAUGGACCCGGAGCAAUGACUAACAGCCGCUCCCUCUCACUUUCCCACAGCGAUCACCCUCUAACACCCUCCCUCCCAUUCCCGGCCCCGCGCGUGACAAGGUCGGCUGCUUUCAGCCGGGAGCUAGAUCGGUGGCCCGGCUCUUCGGAGCCUUAGCAGGCGUUCGCCAAGGGGUGACUGGCUGUCAUUGGGAGCAAUAUUUGGCCUUGAGGAGACCCUGGGGAGGAAGUGGCGGGGAGCUCGUGUUUGCUUGUGUGUGUGUGUGUGUGUGUGUGUGUACACGCGCGUGGGCAGGGUCCUCUGCGCUUUCCUUUUUAAGUGCCUCUCGGUGGUGGGGCUUUGGGCGGGUCAGACUUUCCCGACCUCGCUCCCGGCCCCACUUAAGCCGGGUUCGAGCUGGGAGACGCAGCCCCUUCAGUGCGCCCCAAAUCCUCUGGCUUCAGGUGGCCUGGCGCGGGGGCCCAGCACGACGCACCGCGCUGAGAACCGGGUUCUCCGUGCGCUGCGCCAGUAGCCCUGGGAGCGCGGCGGCCGCGGGGCACCGGCCGAGGGCUCUGCCGAGCGCCGCCGGGAGCUCCUCCCGGACCGCUGAGGCUCGGGCGGCGGGCGCGGAGGAGCCAUUCCGUAGUGCCAUCCCGAGCAACGCACUGCUGCAGCUUCCCUGAGCCUUUCCAGCAAGUUUGUUCAAGAUUGGCUGUCAAGAAUCAUGGACUGUUAUUAUAUGCCUUGUUUUCUGUCAAGACACCAUGAUUCCUGGUAACCGAAUGCUGAUGGUCGUUUUAUUAUGCCAAGUCCUGCUAGGAGGCGCGAGCCAUGCUAGUUUGAUACCUGAGACGGGGAAGAAAAAAGUCGCCGAGAUUCAGGGCCACGCGGGAGGACGCCGCUCAGGGCAGAGCCAUGAGCUCCUGCGGGACUUCGAGGCGACACUUCUGCAGAUGUUUGGGCUGCGCCGCCGCCCGCAGCCUAGCAAGAGUGCCGUCAUUCCGGACUACAUGCGGGAUCUUUACCGGCUUCAGUCUGGGGAGGAGGAGGAAGAGCAGAUCCACAGCACUGGUCUUGAGUAUCCUGAGCGCCCGGCCAGCCGGGCCAACACCGUGAGGAGCUUCCACCACGAAGAACAUCUGGAGAACAUCCCAGGGACCAGUGAAAACUCUGCUUUUCGUUUCCUCUUUAACCUCAGCAGCAUCCCUGAGAACGAGGUGAUCUCCUCUGCAGAGCUUCGGCUCUUCCGGGAGCAGGUGGACCAGGGCCCUGAUUGGGAAAGGGGCUUCCACCGUAUAAACAUUUAUGAGGUUAUGAAGCCCCCAGCAGAAGUGGUGCCUGGGCACCUCAUCACACGACUACUGGACACGAGACUGGUCCACCACAAUGUGACACGGUGGGAAACUUUUGAUGUGAGCCCUGCGGUCCUUCGCUGGACCCGGGAGAAGCAGCCAAACUAUGGGCUAGCCAUUGAGGUGACUCACCUCCAUCAGACUCGGACCCACCAGGGCCAGCAUGUCAGGAUUAGCCGAUCGUUACCUCAAGGGAGUGGGAAUUGGGCCCAGCUCCGGCCCCUCCUGGUCACCUUUGGCCAUGAUGGCCGGGGCCAUGCCUUGACCCGACGCCGGAGGGCCAAGCGUAGCCCUAAGCAUCACCCACAGCGGGCCCGGAAGAAGAAUAAGAACUGCCGGCGCCACUCGCUCUAUGUGGACUUCAGCGAUGUGGGCUGGAAUGACUGGAUUGUGGCCCCACCAGGCUACCAGGCCUUCUACUGCCAUGGGGACUGCCCCUUUCCACUGGCUGACCACCUCAACUCAACCAACCAUGCCAUUGUGCAGACCCUGGUCAAUUCUGUCAAUUCCAGUAUCCCCAAAGCCUGUUGUGUGCCCACUGAACUGAGUGCCAUCUCCAUGCUGUACCUGGAUGAGUAUGAUAAGGUGGUACUGAAAAAUUAUCAGGAGAUGGUAGUAGAGGGAUGUGGGUGCCGCUGAGAUCAGGCAGUCCUUGAGGAUAGACAGAUAUACACACCACACACACACACCACACACACCACACACACACACACACACGUUCCCAUCCACUCACCCACACACUACACAGACUGCUUCCUUAUAGCUGGACUUUUAUUUAAAAAAAAAAAAAAAAGGAAAAAAUCCCUAAACAUUCACCUUGACCUUAUUUAUGACUUUACGUGCAAAUGUUUUGACCAUAUUGAUCAUAUAUUUUGACAAAAUAUAUUUAUAACUACGUAUUAAAAGAAAAAAAUAAAAUGAGUCAUUAUUUUAAA